AAUGAAGCCAGUUUCAGCUCGUCUUUAGCUGGACAUCUCGGUUACGAGUCAAACUGCAAGAUGAGACUUGCCUAAGCCCAGAACAACAAAGGGAAUUGUCCUAGAAGGUUAUCCAAUCUGAUAUGCAAGGUAUACAAUCGUAAAGGAAUGAAUUUCCCCUCCAACGAAACAAGGAAACCGGACGUCACAGAUUAAGACAAUUGAGGCAUCUUUCUCAAUUCUGGUGGCUCACCGAUGACAAUUGUGGCCUCAACCUUUAAUUUUCGCAUGUUAAUAAUUUCCGUUUGACUCUUACAUUGACCACCUUGGCCUUCAUUCGAGAGUAUUCUGGCAAACCACUCUGCCCGCUUUUCUUCCGGUUUUAAUUAAUAAUUUAAACUUUAACGACCAAAUAUUAAGUACAAGCAAAUAUUACUAAUCUUUAAUGAGUUAUUCCAUGCUUUGGAUUUCGAACCACGUAUACUUGAACCAGGCAAACUUGCGUGGAGGUAUUGAGAAAUGCUGCCGAAAAAAAAAAUUGAGCAGGAAAUCGUAUUGAAAAGGAACUACUCAAAAAUCCUCUGUAAAAGUAUUAUGACGCAGGUAUGCAUCGACGAACAGCAAAACGUGAAGCGAUGACACAAUUUUACAAAAAGGUCACAUAUUUUUCCGGAGCCGGAAAAGCAUACCGUGAGUAUAUUCAACAGAGUUUUGCUGAGCGAGAGUGAAAGAAUAGCGGCUCUGUUGAGGAAAAGAAAAUAUCAUCUUACGACGACUUCUGCUUGGUUGCAAAAGCUUGUGAUUCAAGGAAUCAGUGUGUUCCCAGGGUGAGAGGGGAGGGGAGGGAGUGAUGAGAAAAUUGCUCUCCUCAUUGGCUUCAACCCGUUCUGACACUGAAGGACCAGAAAAGCCUGUACAAAGUUCAUCACGACCCUUCUGAUUCGUGACUCAAAAAAUGGAAAAACAGUAAAUCCCUUUUCUGAAAAUAAAAAUAUAAUCUGUCCGUAAAUCUCAACUAUCGAUGAUUUCCUGAGUUACUUACCAAUAGUCAGGAUCGGUGUGUAAUAACGAGCUAAUCUCCAUCCUAAAGGAAAUUUCGUUUGUACGCUUCCUUCCUCUUCAUUCGUCAUUUACUGUCUAACAGGUUCCAGUUGUUCACAGGGUGGAUAACACUAACCACUUGUUAAAAUCUCUAUCCGAUGGAUGGCGUAGCAUGUUUUGUUCAGAACUGUUCGCCGGAUACCGAUUUAUCCGCCGGAUAAUGCUAUCCUUCCUUUGAACAACUGGCCAAGAGUGUUUUCUUCAUGCAGAUGUCUCAAAGUCUACAAAGCGUUUGGGAAAAAAGCCGCAAACUCUUACGCAAUUUGCUCGCCUCCCUUUCUACGUGUUCUGAACGCAAACUGACAAAGAGAGCACCCCUCCCUCUCUUCCCCUGCUGUUCUUCUCGUAAGAAGACGUACAUGUACAACGUAGCAAAUGUACAAAUUGGUAGUCGGGAAACAAAAAGCGGUAGCUUCCCUAACAACUUUUUAACGAUCUUUUCAAAAUUAUUAAUUGACUUUUGGGGGGCAAAUACAACGGGAUGGAGUUACAUGAAGCCAGCCCACGCGGUGCAGACAAAAAAAAUAGUUCGGCACAGAUAGUUAGAGAAAGAAUUCCACCAUAGCAAGUCGAGGAUGUAUUGUACUGCUCUCAUAAGUAAAAAUGCUUAAAUUACGUAAUUUACGUUAUACUCUAAUUAUAAGCGUACUCAAAGUACGAAUGACUCUACGUGGAUACCACAAAAUGCGUAGGUGAACAGGGCGUUCAAUCACACAAAAAUCACAUGACAGCACCAUAAAAGCAACCGAAAGCUUAGCCUUACUCAGGCCUGGAAAAAACUAUUGACUUGUUCCCGUUUCUCCUUGCGAGUUUAGGCGGGCAAUCAAAGAAGUUUCAUCUAAAGGAAGUUUUACUUUAAGUAGGGGGAAAGGAAAAAAAAAGGAAAGGACAUAUUUUUUAGGGUUGUUUUGACAAACGAUUCGUGUUUUGUGAGAUCUAUUUUCACCUGCACGUUAUCUCAUCUUUGGGAGUUCAAGUGUCUGUUUGUACAGAGUGUCUUACGGGCUAAAAGUCCCCCACCGCUUUAUCUGUCGUCGUUACAUUAGAAAUUGAUCAAGUCGCAGUUUGGCCCCAAUAAAUAAGUCGUAAGCUUCUAAAAUAAUUUUCCAGGCAUAGCAGAUAGGGGUCCACAGCUUUACACUUGACUGGUCAAACUAGAAUAUUCCUGAUCAAAAAAUAGCAAUUCGCCUAGAAUCAAAAUUGCAUCAUCCAAUAUAUUUUUAUUAGAUGUCAUGCCCAUUUGAGCAUGAUAAAAAGUGGGAAGCCGGCAUUAAAUUUUGUAUUUGACCACGUAAAAUCUGAAGGCUUAAGGCCCUGUCCACAUUGAGAGCCUUAACUCCUCAAUCUACACCGGUUUCGCCCCCUGAAACUUGACCAGCAGAUUAAACCCUCUCGGUUAUCUGGAUUUUUGCAGAACAAGUGACUGACUUAAGAGUGCCGAACAGCAACUGACGUUCUUUCUGUGCCUUCAAAGGCGUUCGAGCGUGAGGCCAUUUGCAUACGUGAAAAACAAUUCAUGAUUCGCCAACACAAAAAGCUUCAAACAAAAGAGGCUUUUUCAGUUAGCUCUGAAAUACUGACCCAAAGGUCAUUACAUAACAUGUUCGUUUCACGUGCCGGAAAUGGACAAUUCGAUAUCGUGCGUUUGAUCGUGUUUAUUCUGAUAACUUUCAAAGCAGAGCAACAAGAACAGAGAGAGCUUUUCUGAUGGCCGCUCUCAGUAGAAAAAUUAAUUAGCAUUAAAAAAAAAAUAGACUGUUGUUUGAAAGGUUAAACUGUAGCCUUGUCAUGCAAAUCUCUGCUGAGGUCACAUGAGCUGCUGUCACGGCGUGACAGCUGAUAUCAGAUCGUGCUUUGUUAGAGUAAGGAGAAUUCACUCCUAAUCAGCGGUGGAGUUUUGUGUUUUUUUAUUUGUGGUAAACACGUGGCAUUAGCCAAUCAGCGCCAGGAAAUGUCAGCUUGAUACACAAACGUCAUUUCCCCAAAUAAUGAACUCAUAUCUGCACAGCAGAGCCGCUCAGCACAAUCCUUGCCACUCGAUUCCAUCCACGGGUCAAGGUAACAUCUUUAAUAAGUUCAAGGGCUGUGAAAAACCUAUCGACCGGUGCGCUGAACCCGAUCAGCACAAAGACACGUCCUAGCCAAUUGGAGAUCUACGAAAUAAGAGCGCUUAGGGGACGAAAAAAGAAUUUUCGUAGAAAUGGUUUGCUGCAAGAAGAAACCAAUGGAGGAUAAACCUGAAAUAACUGUACCGUUUCCUGACGGUGGCUGGGGGUGGCUUGUUUGCAUGGCCACGUUCACUACGCAAUUCAUCGUUCUCGGCACUAUGAACAACUUCGGGGUGGUGUAUGUGGAGCUACUUAACGAGUUCAAGACUGGAAAAGCUGAUGCAGCAUGGGUUGGUUCCAUAACAUAUGGGAUGAUGUUCUUACUUGGACCUAUCGCAACCACACUGUGCCAAAAGUUGGGCUGUCGUGCUACAACAAUGAUUGGUUGCAUGAUUGCUGCAGGAGGUUGUCUUCUGGGUUCAAUAUCAACAAGUAUUUACCUGAUGGACUUGACAUAUGGGUUCCUUUUUGGUGUUGGAGCAAGCAUGUGUUACUUCCCAUCCGUGGUAAUCUUAGGCCAGUACUUUUCAAAGCGUCUCUCCUUAGCCAAUGGGAUCACUUCCUCAGGGAGUGGUGUAGGCACACUUUGCAUGGGUCCUAUAAUGCAGAAAUUAAUACAGCACUUUGGCCUGCGCAACACAAUGAGAAUCUCUGCUGGAAUGCUCUCUUUGGUUGUAUUCUGUGCUAUUAUUUACAGGCCCAUAAACACUGGUUUUCUAAAACCACCACCCAAGCCUGCCACAGGGCAAAAGCAGUCACGAUUUGCUGUUCUCAAAAGUUUUAAGGAACUGUUCAGGAACAAGGCAUACAUUUUGUGGUGUGCAGCACUGGCACUGUGGAUGUUGGGUUACUUUGUGCCAUUUGUGCACUUGGUGCGUCUUGCCACAGAAGAAGGUAUCGACCCAUUUAGAGCAACUCUGCUCAUCGGCAUCAUGUCAGUUGGAUCUACUCUUGGACGUCUCAUUUUUGGCAAGGUGGCUGACCACCCAAGAGUGAACAGAUUGUACCUUUACCAGAUCUCCUUCCUCAUGAUUGGAAUUAGCAACACCCUGUGUCCUGUAUUGACCUCCUACACUGGGCUAGUGAUCUACUCUACUGUGUUUGGCUUCUUUGAGGGAUGCUAUGUGCUUCUGGCUCCUGUCCUAACAGGCGACAUUGUUGGAAGAGACAAGAUGGCCCAUGGUGUCGGUGUGUUAUUUGCCCUCAAGUCUGUGCCUCUUACUCUAGGACCUCCAAUUGCUGGCCCAAAAGAAAGAGUGGUCAUUGUAGGAAAAGAAACUGUUGUGUAAGUCACAAUCAUUUCCUCAAUCGGUCCCUUCUACCAUGGAGUACUCUUCACAUCAGGUAGAAAGUCUUGAAUAGCACUUUAAAUUAGUGCUACAAAUCAAAAAUAGUUAUUGAAAGUAACUUCAAAUUACAACUUCAGCACAAAGUAUUGUGCAAAAAGGGUAAAAUCAAUGCUUUGAUUUUAAGAAAACGCAGACCAGAUAAAAAAAAUUAACACUUUAUUAACCACAAGGUAACUACUCUAAAAUAUAUUUUUUUGGGAUCAAGAGGCAUCCAUUUUUAGCACUAACACAAUGCUUUUAAUCAAAAAAGCAAAUCACACUGUCAGUGAUAUUGAAAAUAACUCUAUCCUAUUAAUAUAACGCGAGAUUAAGAGUGGUUCCAAAAUCAAACGAUCAAUUCUCUUCACCAAUUGACCUGAUUUCUCAUGACAUUAGUGAUAUGAAAUUGGGAAUACAUGAAGGUAGUUUUUCUUAAGUAAGGAAACUUCUCUUAUUCUUCAUGAAAGGUACAUUCUAAAUUGAAUCAGUUCCUGUCUGAACACAUUUUUGAACUGGAACUUUUGUGAGAGAAGUAUAAAACUGAAUUACAAAAAAAUUUGACAACCAAAUUCACUAUUUAAAGAGGGGCUAUAUUAGAAUACCUCUUAACUAAAUAUCUCUAACUCUAUUAUUUGUUGGGUAAGUUCAGUUAAAGGUGCUCAUUUCAAAAGGCUUUUUAAAUACUGGGAACUUUUGAUCUUGAGAUUAACUACCUCCGCCCCUCUCACUGUAUCAUAAUAAAAACACAUGCCAAAAAAAGGUAAAUUGUGAGGAGUUUCUUUUGACAAGAGCCUUGAGAAAAGGCUCAAAUGUACAUUUCAAGACUUGCACAUCAGUGAGAGGGCACGAGGUUUUUCAGCCUUUUAACAUGGGUACUGAUUCCCCAAAAAAAAAACAAACAAACAAACAAAUCUGAUAAAGGGAAAAUGUUCUAAAUUAUUUUGUCCUGGAGGAGGGUUUCAGAUUUUUGCCAUUUGUCUGAGAAAUGAUAAUGUUUGGCUAUGUUCAUUGAUCUCAUUUCAAAGAAUGACAUUUGAGGCAUCUCUUUUGCAAAACAACAAAUAUAUUACAGUGAUGAUACAAAUUACAAACAAAUGAAAAAGAAUUACUUAAUCAACAAUAUUUGAAAAUUUAUUUAGUUCCAAUUGGUUUUAAAGAGGAAGGAAACUUCUGUAUCCAAACAGUCAAUGCUAUGUGAUUCAAAGAAAUUUAAGUUAAUUUGGACAUUGACAUUUUGUCAUAGAAUGAAAUAUGAACUAGUUGAGCUUGAAGUCUCUACAGAAACUUGUCCAAUAUCAGCCUGGCUUUUUUCUUUUUUUUUUUCACACUAACCUUAAGUUCACAAAAGUUUCACAACAACAGUACCUGAAAAAUACUGGUAAUAACUAUACAGCUAAAAAAAUCAGAAAAUUGAGAGCACUGGAAAACUUUUUGGAAUGUUUUUUUGUUCAUUAAUAGGCCAAUGCAUUAUGAAAUGAGUGUGUUUUAAGCAGCCUCAAUUAUUAGUUUUCUGUUUCAUGGGUUGCUUUCCCUUGCAUAAAUGGUUGUAGCACAAUAAACAUUCUAAAAAUAAUUCAGAUGUUGACAGAUUUCUGGGUUUCACAGUGUUAAGUUUUGGAGAUGACAAAGAAUGUAACUUCUGAAGACUUAUUUAUGUUGAUCACAACUGAGUUUUACUAUUUUAAAAUUAUUUGUAGCUACAGUAUCAUAUUGAAUAGUGUAUUACCCUAGCGGCCAAUAGUGAGACUUCGUAACCAAAUAAUUUUAUAAAUCAGUUGUUAGGGUGAAUCAAACAUUGUAACAUUCUUUAAUACUAUUGUUUUGUUUUUGUCGUUGAUGCUGUGAAUGUCAUCUUUAGCAUACAACCUGGUGCUUAUUUCUUACUUAUUUAUUAAGAGGUUUCUGUACUACAACUGGAUUUCCAAAAGCUAAAUGCGAUACCCAGUUUUGUUUGUAAUACCAAAUAUCCAACCAAGUUUUGAAGGAGGCCAACCUUUUCCACUCGACAAUCACAGCUAACUGCGAUUAAGACAGAUGCUUUGUAAGUAACAGAGUAUUGUGAUAGUUUUAGUAAGUCACAACGUUUAGCGACACAGCAAAAGCAAAGCACUAGGGCGCAAAAUAGACUGAAUAACUUAACAACAGGCACUUUGAGAUGUAAGUUAGUUUCUUUGUUUGACAACCAUAAGAUAUGCAGUUGUGUUUUUGUUUCCAUCAUUCUGUAGACUGCACUCUUAACAUGUUAACAUGUUUUUGUGUCAUUGAGUAAAGAUACAGUGAGGACAAUUCAAUCCAUUCCCCUGUUAAGAGUUGUUGUUGGAACUCAUAUUGAGAAGGAAAAAAAAAAUAAAGUGCAACUUGUUUUAAAGUUGGGAAUUUUAACUGA